AUGGGUUUCAAAAUCUGCCUCUUGUAUUUCAUGCUCCUUUCGGUCCGGGCUCGAGACAUCCCUAUUAAUAUAAGGAACUUCUACGACUCGGUGAUGGCGCAGGGGUCAUGUAGGGAGCCGCUGCAGUCGGGCUUCUAUGAUAUGGCACAUAGUAAUGAUAAUAGCUUUGCCUAUUGUGGCGAUCAUAUAAGUGAUUACGGCAUCAUCUACCUGCAGGGUAGAAACGGAAAGCUAGCAAACAUGGACAUCGACUGUGAUGGACUCAUUGACAAAAACGACGACGGCCGUUGCGAUAAUGCCAAUUCGACUCAGAGUAUGACUGCUAUGAAGCGAUACGUUUCUGCUUACAAGAAUGGCGUCCCAGAUCUCAACCCGUUUGUUCACGACUAUGUAGUGUUCGGCAACACCGGUUUUAAGCCUGGCUGGGUAACGUUCGACCCUCGGGUCUACGGCAUGGAGCCCCUGAGCGUGAUGGCUAUCGUGUGUAAUAAUAAGUUGAUUUAUGGUAUAUGGGGAGACACGAACGGUGAUGAUGGUUUAAAUCCUAGGGUCGGAGAAGCUUCCAUCUCAGUUGCUACUCUCUGCUUCGGACACGAUUUAGAUGGUGUGAUAGGUUUUGAUGAAGAGGAAAUUCUGUAUAUCGGGUUUACUGGCGCUGAAGCGGUUCCAGGUACAGAUGCGAACUGGAGAGCAGCUGAUGAAAAUGAGUUUCAGUCGAGUAUUAGGAGACUUGGUGACAGGCUCAUUCAGCGGAUCGGUUCGUAUUGGUAG